AGCGUAGCUGAAUCAUAGGAUCUUGAGUUGAUUGUGUGUAUCUACAUUUCACACCGUGCACGUCUCACAAUACUUGCAGUCACAUUGAGUUCGCGGGCUUGAAAUGCUGCAGAUUGGACAGCAGCAGCACCUGCCUGGCUGCACGUAAGUGGGGAGCUCGGCCGUUCUCCAACUUGUUGCUCUCCGCCUGGAGCUUGAAGGCUGGAGCCACGCGCCCGAUACGUCAGCGUUCAACGACGACAUAGGCAUCACCGCGCAACCGCCCCGACAACUUCACGACCGGCUCUCUGUCGCCACGACAUCAAUUGGUACUCAUUGCUGGAUCAGAUCCGCCGCAGUCAGUCAUCAUGUCGUACUUCUUCACGACACCGGUCGACAUUGACGUCGUCCUCGAGAACACGGAUGACCGGUCCAUGGUCGACGUCAAGCUGGACAAGAACAGGCGCGAGAAGGCGCCGCUCUUCAUGGACGGCGAGUCGGUCAAGGGCGCAGUCACAGUACGACCAAAGGAUGGGAAGCGCUUAGAGCACACGGGCAUCAAGGUCCAGUUCAUCGGCACCAUAGAGAUGUUCUUCGACCGCGGCAAUCACUACGAAUUCCUCUCCCUCAACCAGGAGCUCGCCGCGCCCGGCGAGCUGCAGCACCCCCAGACCUUUGACUUCAACUUCAAAAACGUCGAGAAGCAGUACGAGUCCUAUAACGGCAUCAACGUCAAGCUGCGCUACUUUGUCCGCGUCACCGUCUCCCGUCGUAUGGCCGACGUGAUUCGCGAAAAGGACAUUUGGGUGUACAGCUACCGCAUCCCUCCCGAGGUCAACAGCUCUAUCAAGAUGGACGUCGGUAUCGAGGACUGUUUGCACAUUGAAUUUGAGUAUUCCAAGAGCAAGUACCAUCUGAAGGACGUUAUCGUUGGCCGCAUCUACUUUUUGCUGGUGCGCCUCAAAAUCAAGCACAUGGAGCUAUCGAUCAUCCGGCGGGAGACGACGGGCGCCGCGCCAAACCAGUACAAUGAGAGCGAGACGCUGGUGCGGUUCGAGAUCAUGGACGGAUCACCGUCCCGAGGCGAGACGAUCCCCAUCCGGCUGUUCCUUGGUGGCUUCGACCUGACUCCCACGUUCCGGGACGUGAACAAGAAAUUCUCCACAAGAUACUACUUGAGUCUUGUGCUCAUAGACGAGGAUGCUCGCCGCUACUUCAAGCAAUCAGAGAUCAUCCUCUACCGCCAAUCCCCCGACGCACCCCAGCUGCAAGGCGCAGGCACCCACUCGCUUCCAGAGAACACGGAGAACAAGCUUGCUGCUGUCCAGGCGCCAGCCUGA